CGCCUCUUUAACGAUCCCGCGCUAUAUAAACCUAACCACCCCUAGCGAAAUCCCCAAGAAAACGAGAAGCCAACAAGGAUACAGAAAACAAGAAUGGGACUUCCCUGUUGCCAUGUCACAGAGGAUCAAGAACAGCCGACGCAUGACAAUUCCGAUCACCUUCAUUCCGAAUCAUCAACUGCUUCUUCCCUUUCUUCUCAGCCAAGUCUACCUUCUGUUCCUUCGCUAACUCCUCCGGUGAUACCACCCUAUCAAACCCAGAAUUCUCCUCAGUCUCAUCACCAGCUCGUAACCACACUCACUUCGACACCUUCCUCUCCCAUAUUCACCUUAACCCUCAAUGGCAAGUUCCUUUACGCUGGCUCGUUCAACAGCGAUAUUCGCUCAUGGAGCCGAGGCCCCGGUUUUACUAGCAAUCCCCAUGGCGAUGUCGUGGCAUCCAACAAUGGAGCAGUGAAAUCCCUUGUUGUUUCCGGCGACAAGUUGUUCAGCGCCCAUCAAGAUCACAAAAUCCGGGUCUGGAAGAUCCAACCUGACUAUCCGAACCAGAGUUUCAAACCCGUUGCGACUCUCCCUACUCUCGGAGAUCGUUUCUGCAAGCUUUUCUCGGCUAAGAACUAUGUCCAGGUACGACGGCACAAGAAGUGCACGUGGGUUCAUCACGUCGACGCCGUCUCUUCCCUCGCUCUGUCCAGUGACGGGACCCUGCUUUACUCUGCUUCGUGGGAUCGAACGUUCAAAAUCUGGAGAACUUCAGAUUUCAAGUGUUUAGAAUCCGUCCGGGCGCACGAAGACGCGAUAAACGCCUUGGUUUUGUCCAGUGAUGGGGUUGUUCACACUGGUUCUGCAGACAAGAAGAUCAAAAUAUGGAAAAAGAAUGAAGGUGAGAAGAAUCAUUCCUUAGUGGAAACCUUAGAGAAGCACAAAUCAGCCGUGAAUGCACUGGCAUUAAGCACCGACGGGUCAGUGUUGUACUCUGGUGCGUGUGACAGAUCAAUUCUGGUGUGGGAAAAGGAUGGAGGGAAGAUGGUGUUGGCGGGUGCUCUGAGAGGGCACACGAAGGCUAUACUGUGCUUGGCGGCUAUGGAGGAUUUGGUGUGCAGUGGAUCAGCUGAUAAGGGUGUUAGGAUAUGGAGGAGGGGGCUUGACAAGAGUUAUACAUGCCUUGCUGUCUUAGAAGGUCAUAAAAGGCCAGUGAAGUGCUUGGCUAUGGCGGUUGACUCUAACAAAUCCUGUAAUAAUAAUAAUGGUGGCUCCGAUACUAGCAAUACUUAUCUGGUUUACAGUGGUAGUUUGGAUUGUAACAUUAAGGUUUGGAAAGUACAAGUUUCUUUGUUCUGAGAUUUGACCUCCAUCUUUCUUAUAUCGGGAGAAAAAGAAGUUUUUGCCGUAGGGAAUUAGUAUAUAGUAAGAGGGUGAAGAAUUAAAAGGCAUAUAGAUGAUUGAAUGCCAUAUACUUGUACACAUUUGAAUUGUUCCUUUGUUCCUUGUUUUCACAAGAGGGAGUGAUGGGUAUGCUACAAUUUAUUGAUUAAAUCAAUUCUUGAAAGGGUUUUAUUUUGAA